AUGCUUUGUUGGAUCGUGUGCUGUCUGCUAUGGCUGAGUUCUGCCUUAGAUGGGAGCUGUUCAUAACUUCCUCUAGUGGACAACAGCAGAUUUGUUGGAAAGGAAACAGAAGAACAGAUUCAGGGAGUUUACCUGUGUAUGGAAGGCGACCACUUGGUGGGAAAGCAGUCUUUGGUCUGUCCCUCAAAGGAAUGGAAUGCUUCCCUCCCUGAGUGCCAGUGGGAGUUGGUGGGCCACUGUCAAGACCCUGUACUUGAAAAUGGCAAGAUCAGUUCCGGGCGUGAGUGCAAUGACAGUUACAUUCUCAAGGGAAGCAACUGGAGCCAGUGUCUAGAGGACCACAACUGGGCCCCUCCCUUUCCCGUCUGCCAAAGUAGAGACUGUGAACCUCCUGGGACUCCUGUCUAUGGCUACUUUGAGGGUGAAACUUUCACUUCAGGCUCUGUUGUUACUUAUUACUGUGAAGAUGGGUAUGACCUAGUGGGCACACAGAUGCUGCAGUUCAUUCAUGGGGAGUGGAACAGUUCCUAUCCUACCUGUGAGUCCAUUCAAGAAACCCCUAAACCUGCUGAAGAGAGUGCACUUGAGAAAGCAAUUUUUGCCUUUCAGGAGAGUAAGGACGCUACAGAGAACUUUGUGAGAAGACUAAAGGAAGGUGGGCUAACGAUGGAAGAACUUAAAUAUUCCCUGGAGAUGAAGAAAACUAAGUUGAAGGCUGGUAUUUUACUGAAUGACAGAAUGGUCACCGACAUAACACCUAUGAAUAAACUGCUUCUAAAGGUGCUCGCGAGUUGA